UUUGUGGCUAGCUAAACAGCCGUUUCUGACCAUCUAUGUUGUAGAUAACUGUGUAUAAUAUAAUGGUCAGAGAUGCUGUCCUGUUAGGCAGCUCAGCAUGUUCGGACACAACCCUCUAUCUGUUUAAAUGAAAAACUUUUCCCGGCCAUCAAGUACAGCAAAUGCACUCAACACAAACACCGACAAUAUCUGAAAGCACACUAACAGUCACGGUCCGGGGAUGUCUCGUUCAGACGUGCUGUCUCUCUACAGGAGGGUGUUGCGCAUCGCCCGCAGCUGGCAGUCACAGUCCGCUUUACCACAGGACACUGAUACAGAGAGGAAAUAUAUAGUCCAGGAGGCUCGAACCCUUUUCAGACAAAACCUAAAGAUCACAGAUCCAGAAUCAGUCAAGAGAUACAUUGAAGAAUGUGACGCACGGAUAGAGAUUGGACUUCAUUAUAGAAACCCUUAUCCCAAACCGUCGUAUCUUCCUCCGAUGGGUCUGGCCACACAGAAGGGCAGAAAGCUUCGAGCUCAGGAGAGACUGAGGAAACAAGCAAAACCUUUGUAUCUACAGUCUCAUGAUGAGACCUGACAUACCUACAGUACAUACACAUACAUAAACACACAUGCACAAUGCAGAUAUACAACUGUUUACAAGCAGGGAACAACACAACGUCUGUCUGUUACUUGUAACUAUAGUGGCUAUAUUGUUUAAACAGAUCAUUCUUACAGUGCAGGUGUAAGAGCAGAAUGUUGAUGUGAAUUAUUAAUGUUUGGUUAAUGAUAAAAGUGUUGUAUUUUAUUGACUAUUUUGUUUCUAACCUGCAUACUAAGUAAAGAUCAUUGCUAUUAUUAUUAUUAUUUAUUAUUUACGCACAUCAGAAAUAACCAGCUGUUCAACUAAAAUGACGCUGAACUGAAUAAAGCGUGUCAUUUCUUCACUGCUAUCAGG